CGUUGAAGAUGGCGCUGUUUGAAUAACCACUUUGAGUGAUUUAUCGUCGACAGCUAAAAUUUAGUAUUUAUAACAAAAAUAAAGUGUACAUAACGUUUACUUAUAUUAUUAUUAAUUGUACAUAAGAAAUAUGUCGACGUUUACUUUCGGAACGCCUGCAACUACAAGCAGCACUAGUUUUGGAUUUGGUCAAAAACCUACAACAGGUUUUAAUAGUACACCUUUUGGUUCAAAUAACCCAGCACCUACAUUAAGUUUUGGAACUACUUCAACACCAGCAACAACUACUGGGCCUACAUUUGGAUUUGGAACACCUGUGACCACAACGCAAACUCAACCAACUGGUUUAUUAGGAGCAAAUACAUCUACCACAACAACUGCUACUAGUUUAUUUCCAGCUCCAACUACUUCUGCACCACUAUUUGGUGGUGUUAAUUUAGGGACACCAGCAGCAAGCACUACCUUAACAUUUGGUACUUCAUCUGCUACGUCUACAGCUGGAAAUCUUACUUUUGCUGCACCUACUACCUCAACUUCUCUUUUUGGUGCACCUAUUAGUAGCAGUGGUGUGUUGGGAGCGAAAUCAGUUGCUGGUACUACUGUUACUACUAAUAAAGGAUUAGGAGGAUUAGAUGUAUCCUCAAGCAAUAAAGGACUUUUACAAAGUAACCAGACAGCAGCUAAAGACACUGUUUGGCCACCAGAAUUAAUACAGACAAUAGAGAAAUUCAAGGAAUUUGUAAAGGAACAAAAAGUAUUGUCAUCGGAUAUAGCUAGAGGUUCUGCCCGACCACUAACUAGAUGUGCCGAAGACACAGCAUCAUUAAUGGAACUUUUAACCACAUUAGCUGGAGCAGUUCAGCGAGAUCGUUGUGCUGCUGAUAAAUUAAGACAAGAUACAGCAAAAGCAUUGCAAAGUGCUGAAAUAGCUCAAAGAACACAUGACACCCCGCCAGGAUUACAAUAUGAAAAUAAUGCGCCAUUAUUAUUUUUCAUGGAAUUAGCUGAUAAUUUUGAACAUGAUUUAAUGUUAUUUAGGUCGCAAAUUGAAACAACAGAAAAACAUAUACAAACAAUGAUGACUCCAAAAACUCUAACACCACAGGAAUUAACAAUGGCUAUGAGUAAGCUUCACGAGUCUUUGGUAGCAGUUGCUGGAAAAUUGCAAGGUGUACAUUCUAAAGUGCUACAACAAAAGGAACAGUACUUAAAUUUCAGAAAGUAUGUUUUAAAAGACAACACAAACGUGUUUGAAGAUAUCAAAACGAAUGGAAAAACAUUUCAUAGUAGCAUAGGAAGAAUUACAAGUGGACCAACUCCAUUUGGACCAGGAAACAAAAGUUUUCUCUCGUCAACAACAUUAAACUCUAAUAGACCAGGAAGCUAUGAAACACGAAAUCCAUUAGUUUGGGGAAAUACAAUAUCAACACCAUCUGCUACUAACAUUACCCUAGGCUCAUCAUUGAAACCACCAACCGCAAGUUUGACUUUUAAUACCCCAUCAAAUCUUACUGCACCUUUACCAACGAGUGAUUCAGGUUCAAGUUUUCAACUUCAAAAACCUCCUAUUGGUAAUAAACGGGGAAAGCAUUGAAAAAAAUAAUGUUCAUAAUUAUUACCAUACUAUUUUGAUUUGUGUUCAGUAUGUAGUUCAAUACCCUAUUUAAUUUUUUGCCCCAGAAUGACGUUACCUAAUGUUGAUUGUCAUUUCUUUUUUACAAAAGUGCAUGUUAUUUCUCUGUUUUUAUAAACCCUGUUUACAACGA